AGCAAAACGUGGGGCUCGUCGGGAAGAAAAAAACGAAAAAGAAAAUUCAAGAAAUAGAAAACAAAGGGAGUAAAGUGCCUGUCGAUGCGCUGUCAUCACCCCGUUCUCCUUCUCCACCUCCUCCUUCCCUCUCUCAUCUAUUCUCCUCUCAUCUAUUCUCUUCGUUUCAUCUCCUUUCUUCGUCAAUGGCGUCUUCUAGCUCUGGAACAGCUCUUCCAGCACCAGAGGCCGUACAGGUUCUUGUUUCUUCGUUGGCGGAUGAAUCCAUGUUCGUCAGGAAAGCUUCCAUGGCCUCUCUCAAGGAGGUUGCCUCUCUGAACCCCCUUCUUGUCCUCGAUUGUUGCUCAACUGUCUCUAGAGGAGGCCGUCGGCGUUUUGGUAACAUGGCCGGUAUCUUUCUUGUGAUGUCGUUUGCUGUCCGUGCAAUGGACACGAAAGACGUUGACCCUCCCCUCAUGGCAAAGCUCGCUAAGAUCGCCACCGCUGAGAUGAUCACGUCCAAGGAAUUCAAUGCUGAUUGGCAAAGGGCAGCAGCAGGUCUUCUUGUUUCAAUUGGUUCACAUUUGCCUGAUCUGAUGAUGGAGGAAAUUUUUCUUCAUCUCUCUGGACCUAAUUCGGCUCUGCCAGCAAUGGUUCAAAUACUCGCGGACUUUGCUUCAGCUGAAGCCUUGCAGUUUACCCCACGACUAAAGUCUGUUCUUUCGCGCGUAUUACCUAUUCUUGGAAAUGUGAGGGAUGCACAGCGGCCAAUUUUUGCAAAUGCAUUCAAAUGCUGGUGUCAAGCUGCUUGGAUAUAUAGCAGGGAUUUACCUUCAGAUCCGGUUCUUGAUAGUGACGUUGUGUCGUUUCUGAAUUCUGCUUUUGAACUUCUAUUGAGGGUCUGGGCUAGUUCUCGGGAUCUGAAGGCACGCCUCUCAUCUGUGGAGGCAUUAGGACAGAUGGUUGGACUGAUCACCAGGACACAACUGAAGGCAGCAUUGCCAAGACUUGUCCCAACCAUAUUGGGAUUGUAUAGGAAAGAUCAAGAGAUUGCUUUUGUAGCUACAUGUAGUCUGCACAAUCUCCUCAAUGCCUCCUUGUUGUCAGAAAGCGGGCCUCCUUUGCUUGAUUUUGAGGAACUUACAAUUAUUUUACUCACACUUCUUCCAGUGGCUUGCAUGAACAAUGACAACAGUGAGAAUUCGGAUUUUUCAGUGGGCUUGAAGACCUAUAAUGAAGUUCAACAUUGUUUUCUGACAGUUGGUUUGCUUUACCCCGAGGACCUUUUCCUGUUCCUUUUGAAUAGAUGCAAGUCAAAAGAGGAACCUUUUACAGUUGGAGCCCUUUGUGUUUUAAAGCAUCUCUUGCCGAGGUUGUCUGAAGCUUGGCAUGGAAAAAGGCCUCUACUUGUUGAAACUGUGAAAGUGCUCCUAGAGGAGCAGAGCUUAGGUGUCUGGAAGGCACUUGCUGAGCUAAUUGUGGUUAUGGCUUUACACUGUUACUUGGGUGGCCCUUCUGCGGAGUUGUUUGUUGAAUUCCUUGUACGCCAUUGUGCUAUAUCAGAUGAAGAAGCAAAAGAUUUCAACUCCCUAAGGGAAACCAUUCAAAUGAGUGGCUCUUUCCAGCCUUUUCAAUAUAAGAAACUAGAGGUGAAGAUAGGGGCUAUCUGUCCUGCAGAGUUGAGAACAAUCUGUGAGAAAGGGCUUCUUUUACUGGUUAUUACUAUUCCAGAAAUGGAGCAUAUCCUGUGGCCUUUUCUGUUGAAGAUGAUUAUUCCGCGAAAAUAUACAGGCGCAGCUGCUACGGUCUGCAGAUGCAUCUCGGAGUUAUGUAGGCAUAGAUCAUCAUAUACUAAUUCAGUGCUUAAUGACUGUGUAACUCGUAUUGAUAUUCCUAAACCUGAGGAGCUUUUUGCACGCUUGGUGGUGCUUUUGCAUGAUCCUCUUGCUAGGGAGCAAUUGGCAACUCAGAUUCUGACGGUCUUGUGCCACUUGGCACCACUAUUUCCUACAAAUAUCAGUUUGUUCUGGCAAGAUGAGAUCCCAAAAAUGAAGGCAUAUGUCAGUGACACGGAAGACCUAAAGCAGGACAGUUCUUACCAAGAGACUUGGGAUGACAUGAUUAUCAAUUUCCUUGCAGAAUCUUUGGACGUCAUUCCAGACACUGAGUGGGUGAUUUCAUUGGGGAAUGCUUUUACUGAACAAUAUCAACUAUAUAUCGCUGAUGAUGAGCACACAGCACUUCUUCAUAGAUGCCUUGGUAUGCUCCUUAAAAAGGUUGAUGAUAGAGCUUAUGUUCAUGAAAAGAUAGAUUGGAUGUAUAAACAUGCGAAUAUUGCAGUACCAACGAAUAGGCUUGGUCUGGCAAAAGGCAUUGGGUUGGUUGCAGCAUCACAUUUGGAUACUGUAUUGGAAAUGUUGAAAAAGAUUUUGGACAAUGUUGGAGGAAAUAUGUUACUAAGAUUUCUGUCGUUUUUUUCUACUAAAGUUAAAAUAGAAGAUGCCGAUGACAUACAUGCUGCUUUAGCUUUAAUGUAUGGAUAUGCAGCAAGAUAUGCUCCAUCCACUGUGAUAGAAGCCAGAAUUGAUGCAUUGGUGGGGACGAAUAUGCUUUCCAGACUACUUCACGUACGUCGUCCUACAGCAAAGCAAGCUGUUAUCACUGCAAUUGAUUUAUUAGGGCGUGCUGUCAUCAAUGCUGCUGAAAAUGGUGCAUCAUUCCCAUUAAAGAAAAGAGACCAAAUGUUGGACUAUAUAUUGACUUUGAUGGGAAUAGAUGAUAAUGACGGCUUUGCUGAUUCUAAUCUUGAACUCCUCCAUACUCAAACGGUUGCUUUAAGUGCAUGUACAACUUUGGUUUCUAUAGAACCAAAGCUAACAAUUGAGACAAGAAAUCAUGUCAUGAAGGCUACCUUAGGCUUCUUUGCUUUGCCAAAUAAUCCGUCGAAUGUUGUCGAUCCCCUUAUAAACAAUCUCGUAACUCUCUUAUGUGCAAUUCUCCUCACAAGUGGAGAAGAUGGCAGAAGUCGAGCUGAACAGCUGUUGCAUAUUCUGAGACAAAUCGAUCAAUUUGUUUCAUCAUCCAUGGAGCAUCAAAGGAGAAGGGGUUGUAUUGCUGUCCACGAGAUGCUUCUCAAGUUCCGGGCGCUUUGUUCCAGUGGACACUGCAGCCUUGGUUGCCAGGGAAGUUGCAUACACAACAAGCAAGUUGAAUGGACAUUUCAAAGAAAUUCUUCCAAUCUACCUGCUGCGUUUAUACUGCCAAGUCGAGAGUCUCUAUGCCUGGGGGAAAGGGUCAUGAUUUAUCUUCCGCGUUGUGCAGAUACAAGUUCUGAAGUUAUAAAGGCUUCUGCCCAGAUUCUUGAUCUAUGCUUCAGCAUAGCGUUAUCACUACCGAGACCAGUAGGAUCUGCUCUUGGUGUAGAUAUGGAAAUGUCAUACGGUGCCUUGUGUUCCCUUGAAGAUGUCAUUGCCAUUUUGAGAAGUGAUGCUUCUAUUGAUCAGUCGGAGGUCUUCAACAGGGUUGUUUCUUCUGUUUGCAUUUUGCUAACCAAAGAUGAGCUUGUAAUCACCAUGCAUGGAUGCACUGCUGCUAUAUGUGAUAAAGUGAAGCAGUCAGCAGAAGGUGCAAUUCAGGCUGUCAUUGAGUUCAUUACAAGAAGAGGCAAUGAGUUGAAUGAAAUUGAUGUUUCGAGGACGACCCAAUCUUUGCUUUCUGCUACAAUGUUUGUAACUGAGAAACAUCUACGUCAGGAAGUUCUUGGUGCUAUAUGUUGUCUUGCGGAGACUACAAGUUCGAAAGUUGUUUUCAAUGAAGUAUUGGCUGCUGCUGGAAGGGAUAUAGUUACAAAGGAUAUUUCCAGGUUGCGAGGUGGCUGGCCAAUGCAGGAUGCAUUUUAUGCAUUUUCACAGCACACAGUACUCUCCGUUUUGUUUCUCGAGCAUGUGAUAUCUGUGCUUAACCACACACCAAUACUUAAAGAUGAUGCAGAGAAAGGAGACAGUGGUGAUCAUUCCUCUGAAAUCCUCAUUGAGGAAGACAUCCUCCAAGCAGCUGUUCUGGCUCUCACUGCAUUAUUCAGAGGUGGCGGUAAAACUGGGAAGAAAGCUGUUGAACGAAGCUAUGCUGCUGUUCUUUCUGCACUUACACUUCAAUUAGGAAGUUGCCAUGGUCUAGCUGGAUCUGGUCAGCAGGAACCUCUAUGGACUGUGUUACCAGCUUUUCAAGCAUUCUGUGAUUGUGUUGGGGAUCUUGAAAUGGGAAAGAUUUUAGCUAGAGGUGGAGAACAAAAGGAAAAUGAGAAGUGGAUCAAUCUUAUCGGAGAUUUGGCCAGUUGCAUCUCUAUGAAGAGGCCUAAAGAGGUUCAACCUAUAUGUUUAAUUUUGAGUAAAGCCUUGAAUCGACACCAAUGGUUUCAGAGGGAAGCUGCAGCUGCCGCAUUAUCUGAGUUUGUCCGUUAUAGUGAUGGGGUUGGUUCCUUAUUGGAAGAAAUGGUUGAGAUGAUGUGUAUGCAUGUUCGUGAUGAUUCACCUACCGUAAGACGCCUUUGUCUAAGAGGACUUGUUCAGAUACCAACACAUUAUAUGCUUAAAUACACUACGCAAGUUCUUGGGGUGAUAGUAGCUUUGCUUGAGGAUCCUGAUGAAAUGGUUCAAUUAACUGCUGUCCAAUGCUUACAGACAGUGCUUGAGUCAUCACCGAAAGAUGCUGUUUAUCCACUUUUACUAAACCUUUCUAUACGGCUAAGAAAUCUCCAAACCAGCAUGAAUGGGAACAUGCGAGCUAAUGCCUUUGCAUCAUUUGGAGCACUAAGCAACUACGGAUAUGGUGCACAACAUGAGGCAUUUCUUGAGCAGGUGCAUUCUAUGCUACCACGACUACUUCUCCAUGUUCAUGAUGAUGAUUCCAAUGUUCGCCAGGCCUGCCGAAACACCCUAAGACGACUUGCGCCCUUAAUGAGUGUGGAUGGCAUGUCUCCUCUCUUCAACGCACAUUGUUUCAAUUCCGACCACCGAACCGACUAUGAGGACUUUAUAAGAGAUGUUACAAGGCAACUUUAUCAGAACUUCUUCAACAGGGCUGAUAGUUACAUGGCGUCAGCUAUCCAGGCCUUUGAUGCUCCUUGGCCAGUAAUCCAGGCGAAUGCCAUUUACUUCUCCAGCAGCAUGCUGUCAAUUUCAGAGGAUGAACGCUCCAUGGCUUCUUAUUAUACACAGGUGUUUGGGAUGUUGGUAGGCAAAAUGAGUCGUUCUCCAGAUGCAGUUGUUCGAGCAACAUGCUCAUCAGCUCUAGGCAUGCUGAUGAAAGCCAACUCACUUGCAUGGAGAGCAUCACGACUCGACUGAACUGACUCGGCUAGAAGGGCUCAUGAGUCAAGUCCAUAACAGUAAAUAUCCUCCUGACUUCGAGAAAAUAAAAAAGUAAAUUGAGUGACCAGCCAAACAAGUCCACCGAGUCCGCUGAGUUAGGUUUGCACUGGCUGAGAGUUGGUUCCUUAGCUGUGUGUAUAUGAGCUACAAUUCACUUGUAUAGUUGAUCAUGUAUGUAAUUAGUUUGUUGUAUUGUACUUCUUGUUUCAAUGUUGUUUUGUAUGUGGGUUCUGCAUGCAGUUGCCAGAAGAUGGUGAUAGGUGUGCAUGAACUGAAUGUAAUGAAUGAACGAGGCCCUAAUCAAUGCAAGCUGCCUUAGGUUUUCUUGUUUUGUAGA